AUGGAUCACUCCAUGCAUAUGAGCCAUGACAUGGGUCACGGCGGUAUGGACCAUGGCGAUAUGGACAUGGGUGGCCAGUGCAACAUGAAUAUGGUGUUCACCUGGUCGUUUGAGAAUCUUUGCAUCAUUUUCCGCUGGUGGCGCGUCACCGGGCCUUUGUCUUUCAUCCUCUCGCUCAUCCUUAUUGUCCUCCUCACAGCAGGCUACGAGGGAGUCCGCGCAGCGACUCGCAGAUAUGAAGCUGCGCAUUACCAACGAAUGAACUCUUUUCCUGUGACUUCAACUACAGGCGGAGAAGAUGGGAUUCUUGGGCAGUCUAUCGCCAACGUCUCGGAGGGUAUUCGGCCCGUUAGUGGCGAGCGCUCACCACUGCUUGUAGGAAGGGAUAACAGGGCUGCCAUGGCACGCCAGGGAAGAAUCACACUGGCAGCUUUGUAUGCCAUUCAGGUGUUUUACAGCUUUUUUAUCAUGCUUCUCUUCAUGACUUAUAACGGCAUGAUCAUGCUCGCAGUUGCAGUUGGCGCGUUCGUUGGAUAUCUGGGUUUCGCAGACGGUACCUCUGCUGCCAAGUCCGUUGCUUGCCACUAG